CUACGGCUAGCACCUCUUCCGCAAUGCCUCCUGGGAGUUGUAGUUUCUAUUCUUCCCUGCGCGCCACACUCUUCCUGGAUACUGAGGCGCGCGGGACCGCGUCCUGAGCACAGCACCAGCUACCCUAGGCCACGUCGCGAGGGCGGGCUGGGGGCCGCAGGGCGGGACCAGGGUACGUGCAAAGCCGCCUACCAGCUCUCCUAGGCCAGUGCUCUGCGCCCCGGCUCUCCCUAUCACCGAACCUCAUCCUCAGGCGCUUCCAACCUCCUUUGUACUCCACACUUUCAGGCCUCUCCUCUCUAUAGCUCAUCCCCGUGUACAUUCCCUAGGGAAAGGGGCUCCCAGCCAUCGGCCUAGCAAGCUUAUCUGCAGCCCGUCUCUAGGGGGAUGCUUGGGAGCCCCUGUCAGCAUUCGGGGACAUGGAGGAGUUCCGGCGCUCCUACAACCGCCUGUGCAAAGAGAGUGGGGCUGAGCCCCAGGAGGCUGUUCUGCAGCGACUGCACCAGCUUCCGCGGGGCCAACUGGACCUGGCUACCCAGAGCCUGACGGUGGACACCUGCAGGGCCCUUGGCAAGCUGCUACAUAAGGAGCCGCUGCUGAAGGAGCUUGUCCUCAGCGACUGCAUGCUGAGUGAGGAAGGGUCCACACUGCUGUUCCAAGGGCUGUGUGCUAACACCACUGUACAGCAUCUGAAUCUAAAGGGCAACAACCUCCGAGCUACAGGAGCCGAGGCUCUGGGAAGGCUCCUUCAGCAGAACAGGUCCAUCCAGAGCCUCACCUUAGAGUGGAACAACUUAGGCAUGUGGGAAGAUGCCUUUGCCACCUUCUGUGGGGGCCUGGCGGUCAACACCACCCUGAGGCAGCUGGACCUCCGGAACAACCAGAUCACUCACAAGGGAGCGGAGGAGCUGGCUCUGGCCCUACAGGGCAACACCACCCUCCAGCAUCUGGACCUGCGCUGGAAUAACAUUGGCCUCCUGGGGGGCCGGGCCCUGGUGAACUGUCUCCCCAGCAACAGAUCCCUGUGGAGGAUGGACCUGGCUGGAAACAACAUCCCGGGUGACAUCCUGAGAGCCGUAGAGCAAGCCAUGAACCACAACCAGGACCGGUUCACAGCCUUUCGGGAGAACCGAGCCCGCACCACCAUCCUUAGCAAGGAGGUUCAACACCUCCAGGAAGAGAAGUCCAAGCAGUUUCUGGAUUUGAUGGAGACCAUUGACAAGCAACGGGAAGAAAUGGCCAGAAGCAGCCGGGCCUCAGCAGCACGAGUCGGGCAGCUUCAGGAAGCCCUCAACGAGAGACAGUCCAUCAUCAAUGCCCUCAAAGCCAAGCUGCAGAUGACAGAAGCUGCUCUGGCCCUGUCAGAGCAGAAGGCGGAGGACCUAGGGGAGCUGCUGGCCACAGCAGAACAGGAGCGGCAGAGCCUCUCCCAGAGACAGGAGAAAGAGCGCAAGCUACAGCAGCAGGAAGCUGCCGAUCGGGAAUCUAAGCUCCUCAGGGACCUGUCUGCUGCUACUGAGAAAAACCUGCUGCUGAGGAGCCAGGUAGAUGAGCUGGAGCAGAAGGUAAAGUCACAGCAGGAGCAGCUGUUUCUGACCAGGCAGGAGCUGACAAACACAUCAGCUGAGCUGAAGAUCCGUGUUAUUCAGGCCGAGGAGCGCUUGGAUGUGGAGAAGCGGAGAGCCAAACAGAGUAUGGAAGACUUGGAAAAGCUGCGCUCCAAGGAGGUGGAUCACAUGGCCCGUCACCUGGAAGAGAGUGAGAGGGCCAUGCAGGAGAGGGUUCAGAGACUAGAGGCCCUGCGGCUGUCCCUGGAGGAGGAGCUGAGCCGCGUGAAGACAGCAGCAUUGAGUGAGCGUGGCCAAGCUGAGGAGGAGCUCAUCAAAGCCAGGAACCAGGCCCGCUUGGAGGAGCAACACCGCCUUGCUCACCUGGAGGAGAAGAUUCGGCUGCUGGUGCAGGCAAGGGACGAGGCGCAGGGUUCCUGCCUGCAGCAGCAGCAGAAGGUAGCUGAGUUCCAGGCCCGGGCCAGCCAGCUGAGCCUGCAGAUAGAGGGGCAACAGCGGCGCCUGGAGGAGCUGCAGCAGGAGCUCAGCAACAAGGACCAAGAAAAAGUGGCUGAAGUGACCAGGGUGAGGGUGGAGCUGCAAGAACAGAUGGGCCGAAUGCAGGCUGACCUGGUGGCCCAGGAGGCACUGAGGGAGAAAGUGGCAGCCCUGGAGCGCCAACUAAAGGUGGUCGGGAGUGAGCACCGGGAGGCGCUGCUGGACAGAGAGAGUGAAAACGCAUCUCUCCGAGAAAAGCUGCGGCUCAAAGAAGCAGAGAUUUCCCGAAUGCGGGACGAAGAGGCCCAGAGAGCAAGCUUCCUGCAAAACGCUAUCUUGUCUUACGUGCAGGGGUCCCCACUGAAAGCCUUGAGCCCCCCUAAAUGAAGGGAGGGAGGGAGGCCUGGGGUGCCCAGCGAGGGCAGAAGUACCGCAUUCCUUUCUCAAGGGCAGGCCUGGGGUCUAAAAGCAUUAGCUGCAGCGACAGUGCUCGCCGGCACACCUGCUCAUCCAAGGUAGCCACGGCGGGACGGAGCGCGCAGGAACGCGCUCAGACGACCUAGUCCCUUAACCGCGGACCA